AUGUUUACUGCUACCAAUAUUGUUCUCAAUAAUAUCAUUGAAGACGGGACAACUUAUGCACAAAGAGGUGAGGCUUAUGGUGUUAGUAAAAUAUUAUUGUCAUUUGAAUUUGUUUUCACUUUGCACUUGAUGAAAGAGAUUAUGGAAAUCACUAAUGUUCUUUGUCAAGCACUGCAACAACAAUCUCAAGAUAUUCUUAAUGCAAUGCAUAUUGUUUUUACAUCAAAGUUACUUCUUCAACAAUUAAGAGAUGGUGGAUGGUGCAAUUUUCUUGCAAAUGUUAAAGAUUUUUGUGAAAAACAUGAAAUUGAAGUCCCUAAUAUGAGUGCACAAUAUGUUUUUAGAAGAGGUCGAUCUCGUCAACCAAGUGUGACAGUUGAGCAUCAUUAUCGAAUAGAUGUAUUCUUGGCAACAAUUGACUCUCAAAUACAAGAGUUGAAUAGUAGAUUUAAUGAGCAAACAAUAGAGCUUUUGACUUUGAGUUGUGCUUUGGAUCCUAAGGACAAUUUCAAAUCAUUUAAUAUUGAAGAAAUUAGCAAGUUAGCAGAGAAGUUUUAUCCCCUUGACUUUCCUUCUAAUGAGCUAAAUAUUUUGAAAUCUCAGUUGCAACAUUAUCAGCAUGAUAUACCAAAUCAUUUGAAAGGCAUUGGUACACUUUCUGAAUUGUGCAACAAGUUGCAAGAAACGGAAAAAUCAAGAACUUAUCACAUAGUUGAUAGAUUAAUACGUCUUGUUUUGACUCUACCAGUGUCUACAACAACAACAGAAAGAACUUUUUUAACAAUGAAAAUUGUUAAGACAAGACUCCGAAGUAAGAUAGCUGAUGAAUUUCUUGCAGACAAUUUGGUCAUUUAUAUAGAAAAAGAAUUAGCAGCUAUUUUCGACACAAAUUCAAUUAUAGAUGAUUUUGAAAAUAGAAAAAAACGUCGAAUAGCCUUUUCAUGA